GAUUGUAGGAGAGGCUCAGCUUGCAUGUGUAGAGGGAAAGAUGGCCAUAUAAACAACACAGCUCUCUAAGGAAAAGACACACAGGUAAUGGAGCACAGAAGCACAGCAAAGCAUGUUUUGGUAACAGGUUCUCCAGGUGUUGGAAAGACUACCUUGAUACGCAAGGUUGUUGAGAAGUUGAAACAAGAAUUGUCUUUUCCUAUUAAUGGAUUUUACACAGUAGAAGUUAGAAAACAAAAAAUCAGAGGAGGCUUUGAUGUUGUAUCAUUGGGAUCAGCUAAGCAUGGAGUUUUGGCAAGAAAGAGUGACAUGACCUCUUUUGCGACAAAAAGAAGAAUGCCUAUGGUUGGCCAAUAUUGUGUUGACAUAAAAUCUUUUGAGGAGAUUGCAUUGCCAACACUUCAAGGAUUAGAAUCAGCCGGUCAAAUUCUAGUUAUUGACGAAAUAGGGAAAAUGGAGCUGUUUAGCGACAAGUUUGUGGCUCUGGUACGAAAGGUUUUCGAAACGGAAAACACCAUUAUUGUAUCAACAGUCCCAGUCUCUAAAGGAAAGCCAAUAAAGCUGGUAGAUGAUCUAAGAGCGAGGGCAGAUUGCAGCCUCGUAACGGUAACGAAAGAAAAUCGAGAAAGUCUUGUGAGUGACGUGGUAGACCUGCUCGUCUGUUCAUACAAAGCGUACAUUUCAGGAAAGGUUGUUCAAAAGCCCAAGCAUUAAAAGCCAAAGUUCUUGGAGCUGUUUGAUGUUGCUACAACAAGAAUUUUGGAUGUAUCUUAUAAUAAUGUCAAUUUGAAUAAGUAACCACGUUGAACUACAAGUAACUUCAAGUUACAUCUCCCGGGGGGGGGGGGGCGCUAACUUCCACAUACACUGUACGGGAUGUGCCAUUUUUUUGGUUACCUUCUUAAAAGUAGAAAAUAAAUUUUAGGGUAACGAUUUAAUCGGUAAAAUCAAACGUGGUUUUAAAUUUUGGGAUUUAUUUUUAGCAUGACCUUAAAUUUUGAGGUAUCAUUUUUGAAAGAAAGGUAAUAUGUUUUCAUUUACUUGAUUGAAUUGUUGAAAUGUUACCUCAAUAUGGGCCUGCAUUAAAGCAAGGGUAUGCAUUGCAUGCGGUAUCUAUAUUUUGGGGUAUAUUUCUAGAAAAUUUAUAAAUUUUGGGGUAUUUUUCAUAUUUCCAAAUGGCACAACCCCAUCCUCUGUCUUUGGAGUUACCCCCAAGGUUACACUCUACAGUUCAGGCAAAUACGGAUUCCACAGAAGUAACAUUAGUAUGAAAAAAGACUUUUAAUUGCGGUAUUCAGAAUAAUCCAAUGUUACUAAAAAUUUUCAGGCAGCUUAAAAACUAUUUCAAAUUUUUUUGAUAUUUUUGCAUGUUUUGUCAUGCUUGCUGUCUACAGGGAUAACAUUUCAAACAAAGCAGAGCACCAAUCUGACGAAGUUUCAAAAGAUGAAGAUAUCAACUUACAAACAAAGAUUCCAUGACUAUUCUGGGUUCUAUGUCACUCGAUUCAAUGAAGAAAGACUGCUGUUUUCUUUCUCUGCCACGCUCUCUUCCUUGCAAUCGAGAGCCAAAAUUUUUCGCUGAAAGUUGUUUGCUGGAGCUAAAAACUGAUAAUUAGGAAAUUAAAAAGAGAUUUGUUACGAAAAAUUAGAAGCUGUGUAACUCUCUUUAAUAGAAUAAACCACGAAUAAAAUUUUUUUUAGAUAUUGUUGUUGUGUUAAAAGAAAAUGUUUAGAAAUAUUUCCAAAGAAUACUAUUUUGUAUUGUCGAUAUGUGUAGUUAAUUAGGGUAAGAAUUUGUAACAGAUAAAGCUCAUAGAAGCACAAUAGAAAAUAUCAAAAUAAGAUGCUCGAAAUUGUGAAAUAUAUACACCAUAUAUCAAUUAGUUAGUUACCGUAAGCCUCGGUGGGCUUAUUUCACAAAAGUUACUUUAGGGUAGAGGUUUAUGCGAGGGGAGCUUAUCCAAAGGUGGGGGGCUUAUUUAUGGACUUAUGGUACAUUUGAUAAUUGAGUUUAAUAGUUGCUUUGUAAGGUUUAGAUAGAGAAGUCUGAAGAGAAGGCUGGCAUUGAAAUCUGAAAAUGCGUUUCCUUGUUGUAGGUUUACCUUGCAAAUAAAAGAUUUUGCAUUGUUGUAGUGUGGAUAAGAAAACAGUUUUAGCUUGCCACCGAACUUUCAUACCGUAAAUUCUCGAAUUGGCCCCCUCCUCGAAAAAGCCCCCCCCCCGCGACCAAGCCCCCACCUUAGAACUAAAAGUUUUCAAUAAGCCCCCCCCCCUCGAAUAUGCCCCCGCUGCUACCGUAAAUUCUCCAAUUGGACCCCUCAAUUUGAUGAU